AUGGCGCCUAAAGCAACGCGUUCCCUGCAGCGGCUCCUGUCGCAGCGGUCGCACAUGGCCAAGGCUUUGCCGCGCCCGUCGCGGGCUGCGUCCCGCCACAGAGGUCCCUCCAGCCUCGCACAGGCGCUCCGUGGAGCGGAUGAUGCGCCGCACGCUAAGCGAAUGGCGUCCGCCGGAAUCAGCAGCAUGGGGAAUGGCAAGGCCGUGCGUGCGCUGCUCGCCAUCGUCGCCGUCAUCGCCGCGUGUCUCCCCCAGCCGUCGCAAGCAGCAGCAGCAGCGAGCGUGUCGGUCCCAGUGCGCGCGUCCCCUCUUGCCCUCUCUCGCGCCCGCCUCUCGCGAGAAGCCGCCCUCUCUCUCUCUCUCUCUCUCUCUCUCUCUCUCUCUCUCUCUCUCUCUCUCUCUCUCUCUCUCUCUCUCUCUCUCUCUCUCUCUCUCUCUCUCUCGCUGGCCUCGCGCUCUCACUGCACAGUCCAGUUCGCUGCGCUGCAGAGCGCACGACGCGAACAACAUGUGUCAGUAUGCGCGCUGCCGUGCCGGCUCUGA